UCUGCCGCAUUCACAAGUGACCCGACGCCUGGCCGGGACGGUCCCCCGUUUCGGCUCGACCGGCACCUGCCUGCCGCGAACCGAACGAGACUCGGGAUUAUUUGCAUCCGUUGCAGCUCCACAAUGAGCGCGACGCCCGAUGGAAGAGGGAUGUCCGUCGUGGGCCUGUGUUGCGCGGCUGUGGCGGCCUUGCUGGCAGUGUCCUGGGCCUGGCCGUGGCUGCGCCGCUACGCCCGCUUCCGCCAGAUGGAGAUGGCCAUACCGGGGCCACUGUCCCUGCCUCUGCUGGGCAGUGUGCACGUCUUCUUUUUCGGCGACCGGAAAAAGACUCUGCUCCAGCGGAUAUUGGCGUACCUGGAAGAGUGCCGCGGCGAGCUGAGCCGCAUCUCAAUCGGCAACAAGCUCUUUGUGUUCGUCACGGAUGCGGACCAUCUUGGCGCAGUGCUGCGGGACCGGCAGUUCGUCGACAAGCCUUGGUUCGCCUACUCCUUCAUCAAGGGCCUCUUGGGUGACGGCAUCUUCACGGCGAACGGCGCCACAUGGCAGCGGGACCGCGCUACGGUGACGCCCACGUUCCACCUCGAGGUGCUGGAGGGCUACUUUGACGCGUUCCACGAGGAGGCGCAGGGGUUGGCUCGCCGCAUCGCGCCCAUGGUGGGGCGGGACGCCAAGGUCGCCCACGAGGUGUUCACGGCCACGUGCCUUGCCGCGAUUCGAACCACACUGGCCUCCAGCCUUGACGGCCACGACCUCCAGGAGCUGGACGACCUGAUAAGGGGUAUAGAGCCUUACAUGACGAACGUGAAGCGUCGCUGCUACAAUCCCUUGCUUUGGCCGGACGCGGUUUUCAAUUGGUCGUCUUUGGGCCGGAAGCAACGGCAACACGAAGACCAGUGGAACAAACUGAUGGGCCGCAUUAUCAGUCGCAAGGCGACCGAAAUCCAGUCCAAGAAGGAACAAUAUGACUUACAGUCAGCAAAAAAACUGGGCUACAAGGAGUUCAAGUGCGUGUUGGACAUCGUCCUGGAGGGCACGAUCAGCGGCGAGAUGGACUUGACGGAGGACGAAAUCCUGACCGCCACCAAAACCAUGUUCGGCACAGCCAUCGACAGUCCCGUCAUCGUUCUGGGCUUCGUCUUCAAGAUUCUGUCCAUCCGGCCGGACGUGCAGGAGCGAGUCUACGCGGAAAUAAACGAAAUCACACAGGGCAGCGACCGGCCUUUGACUAUUGACGACUUACCAAGGAUGGAGUACCUGGAGCGCGUCGUCAAGGAGACGCUGCGCAUGUUCCCAGUGGGCCCGCUGAUCGCGCGGCAGUGCCAGGAGGACUGCGAGGUGGCCGGCAAGCGGAUCCCCGCCGGCACGGUGCUCGUCCUCAACGUCAUCGGCGCCCACCGCGACCCGCGGCACCACCCGGACCCGCUGCACUUCGACCCGGACCGCUUCCUGCCCGAGCGCGCCAAAGACAUGCACCCCUUCAGCUUCGUGCCCUUCAGCGGGGGGCCCAGGAACUGCGUCGGCCAGCAGUACGCCAUGAUGCUGCUCAAGACACUGACCGCGGUCAUCUUGCGGGCGUACCGCAUCCUGCCGGCCAGCGACGGCAUCACGCAACCCAGCCAGUUCCCGAUCACUUUCGACAUCAUGCUGAGAUACGUCAACGGCGUCAAGGUGCGCUUCGAGCAUCGCGAGGGCCACCACAAAGACGCACAUAGACAUUGAAAAAAGAACUAGAACUCGGCAAAGCCGUGAAGGGUUGAUGAGUUUUUUUUUUCUGUGCUUGACACUCCCCUCUUUUAAGGCACGAAGUAGCCAUUAUUGUAUCCCUCGGGUUGCAAUCUUUUUCUCCAAUGUGGCCUCUUUUGGAAUUUCGAAAAUUUCUAUACGAUUUAGACAAGACUUGGCACAUGUGUAGAACUUCGUACCGUGAAAUCAGUGCUGAAGUGUGGUUGUUUCAGGAAGGAAUCUCAACAGUUUCGGAGAUAUUCCACCUAUAAGUUCUCAAUGUCAAUUUUGUGGUAAACAUGCAAGUUGUUAUGUUUUCCCUACGUACGUAUGGAACGAAACUUGCUCACAUCAGAGCCAUGGAGAUUCAGAAGGAUUCAAAAAAUCUAGGAAGGACCCCUGUAAGCCGUAGGGGCCGUUCACUAUUUACGUUACGCUGUUUUGAGUACUUCUUGACCUCCUCCACCUCCUUCCCCCUGUAACGAAGCGUUACGCUGGCCUCCUCCAAAGCGUAACGUCACGCAAAAUGUCUAAAAAUUGUUUGUGUCAUCUAAUAAAAAUAAAUUCAGAGGU